AUGUUAGAUGCUACUGCGGCGACGUCGGCGGAAGCUUCCUCCUCUUCUUCGCCUGCUGAUCAGGAGCAGAUUGUUACCGUUUGUGGCGAGUCGGAGACCGAGGAGACGAUAAAGAAGAGCCGCUUCAUCGGGCGCUGUGGGCCGGCGGCCACCUUCGAGGAAGGCAAGGCUCUGCUCGGAAGGGUGCUGAAGGAGCACCCUAAAGCUAGACACAGCUGCUGGGCUUGGCGAGGGCUGGGGGACGACCACCGUUUCAGCGACGACGGCGAGCCAGGCGGCACGGCCGGACAGCCCAUCCUGGGGGGCAUCGAGAGCGAGGGCGUGAGCGAGCUGGGAACCGGCGGGUUGUGCCGAGCCUACGGCGGGGCGUCGAGGCAAUGCCUACAAGCGGCUGAGAGGUAUUUAGGAAACGCGAACGCCGGUGCUGGGGCUGAUCAUCACGGCCCCGGUGGGCAGCGUCGGGAGCGUCUACCACGCGGUCUCCGAUUGCCGGCGGCUGUCGGAGGAGUUCACGGCGGAGGGAUCGGUGGUGCUCCGAGUCACGGCCGAAGUAGGACAGGUGCGUGAGCUCCCAACAGCGUGGUAUA